CAAGAGACUGAUGACCUGAGCAGGGGACGCUCUUUGUGUCUUGAUGACAGUAGUCCGUAGAAUAUAGUUGAGGAAAAGCCGUGAACAGAAAACUUGGGUGUUCAAGAUGACGACCACCACCACUUUUCAAGGCAAGGACCCGACCGGGAGGAGCAGCUCCAGGUGCUGAUAGAUGUCUGAAGGAAGAUAACAAUGCUCAUUCGCUUUAGGUUGCAACAAACAACAAUUCAUUUAAUCGCUUUAAUGUCCAAAGACGUUAUUUGAGAUGUAAUAUAACCGACAAAAUUACUCUCCAGCUAUCUACGAUAGCUACUAGUUUAAAAUCGGGUGGAGACGCUAAUGAGAAAUGAGCAAUAUCAUAUGCACAAAUACGUUUUGGAGAUGAAAUGACACUAGAUUACAGAGUGCUGCAUCCACCAGGUGGAGAUUCAAACAUCUGCUUUGGGACAGAUGAACUGAAAGCUGUAAAGAAAAACAAAAUGGCAUCUAGUAUAUUUGCCGAACCUGAGGACCCUCAUGCCCAUCGAAGGAACAAUCCACCAGGUGGGAAGCCUACAGGUGUGUUGUGUGGAGAGCCAUCUGCCCCUCUCAGAAGAUGUACUGCUCAACCCGCCAAUCAAAGUAACACCACAGACGAAAAUAAUGUAGCUGUGAAUGGUGAGGAAAACUCGAUCACUGUUGAUAGCACAGAAGAACCUGAACCUGUUCAGGAGCAGGAUGACACACCAGCUCCACCUUACCUCUCUGCAAGAGAGCAGCAUACCGCCGAGGUUCCUUCUGGUCGUAGAAACCCACCAGGGGGUAAAUCCUCUCUCAUCUUAGGCUAAGGAUUUGCCUCACUUAAGGAUAAGAUCUGGGCCUAUGUGAGAUGAGCAUCUCAGAGUAAAUGUGCUGUUCUGUGGUCAGUGCCCAUCCUCUGCAUAACUGUAUUCAUACAAUGAUAUAAGCCACAAGGAACAGAUUAAGAUCAGGACAGUUUAGACAGAGAAGAGUGCCACAGAUCUUUGAGCUGUGAUUUGUUCAAAGAAUGUCUUUGAAGGUGUUAAGUGUAGGUCUCUCAGUCUUGUCUUGACUAAGAUUAGACCCUUAAGAGUGCACUGCUACUCUCAGAUCCUGCAAAUCAUAGGCCAAAAUAUGCCAACAAAGUUCUCCCAGUCAGGGUUUUUACCUGUGAAAUGUCUCCCUGACAAUGUUUGUCUUUCUCUUUUUUGUAUUAUAUUUUUGUCAGCACUUUAAUGAAAUGUGGUGCCGCAGGCUUGCUGGUUAAGACAGUAGGUUUGAAUUAUUCCAUGUCACAUCCAUCAUUAAAUAAAAUAAAAAUCUGAAAUGUUUGUCGAUGUUAGGGAAAAAGUAUAAACCUUGACUUACAGAUCGCUGAAAAGAUAUUUAGUAUAAAAGAACAAAAAACAAUACGAUCAAUAAAUACAAUUAAGAGUUAAAAGAACAAAAAAACAUGAGAGUGCAAUGAAAUAUUAUGCUCUAGUGAAAUAACAGGUGUGCCAAAAAAGAUGCAUGUGAGAAAGCUGUUUAAAAAAAAAUAAAACAUUCACAAAAAUAAAUUCAUCAGCCGCAGUGUACAGUCAUUGCAUCUAAUCUGUCAUGAAGUAGUCCAUCUUCAACAAAAAAUUCUUAUUGCCUUGUUACGUUUGACCUAUGCCAAAACGGUGCUCUGUGUUAUUCUUUGACUCCUUGGAGGAAGUGUGGAACAGAGUCUGUACAUUUUUUUAAUGUAUAUGAGCUUUUCUCAAAUAAACAAAAUAAUAAAAAUG